AUGGCCCUGACUGCGGCCGCCACGGCUGCCGUGCCUGGCGGGUCGCCUGUGCAUCCUACUCGGUUGACGCGCGAGCUGUCUGAGCAGGAAAUGGAGAUUGCGAGGCAUCUUAUUGAGCACUCGCAGAGCGGCGCGGCGGCGGCUUCUUCUGGGCAGCAGGCAGCGGAGGCAUCAGCGCAUGUUGACGGCGUACACCACUUUACGCCCUCUUCCGAGCAGAACGGGCGUGCUUCUACUCAGGAAUACCAUGAUCUCAACGAUAGCGUUUCCCCCGCUUCUCCGCCGGACCAACUCGCUUCUCACGCAGGACAGGCGGCUUCAUCCUCCGUGACUUCGACCAGCGGAGCGGCUGGCGCAGGUCAAAUGUGCAGCAACUGCGGCACGACCAAGACGCCUCUCUGGCGGCGCUCCCCAACCGGCACGGUAAUCUGCAACGCUUGCGGCCUCUACUACAAGGCGCGCAAUCAAAUGCGACCCGUAGGGCUGAAACGCGGGAGCAACAACGCCGCCGGCUUCCCCGAUUCUCCAGGUGGAGGAGCAGGGCAGCGACACGACAGAAGCACAUCCCCUGCUUCUUCUCUUCAGGCUGGCGCUGUCUACGUCUCCGCCGAUACUAGUACGGCGGGCACGUGUCCUGGUGGCGGCCGAUGUAACGGCACCGGCGGCCACCAAGGCUGCAGCGGGUGUCCAGCGUACAACAACCGGAUUUCGAAGACGGCGCAGUUUGCUCUCCAGCAGACAUCAGCAGGGGACCCGUCAUCCAACUCAACCCCUACGCCAACGACGAACGGCGCCUCUCCCGCCGCUACGAAUGUCGUCGUCGCGUGCCAAAACUGCGGCACAACCAUCACGCCCCUCUGGCGCCGCGACGAAGAAGGCCACACCAUCUGCAACGCCUGCGGCCUCUACCACAAACUCCACGGCGAGCACCGCCCGAUCCAAAUGAAGAAGGCGGAAAUCAAGAGGCGGAAGCGCGUGGUGCCCGCGUCU